UUUGGGUGAAGAGACGAAGGCUGAGCGGUCGCGGCCGCGUCGUGGCCCUGGAGCAGCACUUGGCUUCUCUACGUAGAACCCGGGAGUGGGAGAUUCAGAAUCGAAUCCCUUCUCCCUCCCCCCAUCCUGUGAGAUUUUUUGGAUCUUCAGCUACAUUUUCGGCUUUGUGAGGAACCUUACCAUCAAAGACAACGGCCAGCAAUGUUUCCAACAAGACAGAUCCUCGCUCCAUGAACUCCCGUGUAUUCAUUGGGAAUCUCAAUACUCUUGUGGUCAAGAAAUCUGAUGUGGAGGCAAUCUUCUCAAAAUACGGCAAAACUGUGGGUUGCUCUGUUCAUAAAGGCUUUGCCUUCGUUCAGUAUGUGAAUGAGAGAAAUGCCCGGGCUGCUGUGGCAGGAGAGGACGGCAGAAUGGUUGCUGGCCAGGUUUUAGAUAUUGAUCUGGCUGCAGAGCCAAAAGUGAACCCAGGAAAAGCAGGUGUGAAACGAUCUGCAGCGGAGAUGUACGGGUCAGUUCCAGAACACCCUUCUCCGUGCCCUCUACUCAGCUCCUCUUUUGAUUUGGACUAUGACUUCCAACGAGAUUAUUAUGACAGGAUGUACGGUUACCCAGCACGUGUACCCCCUCCUCCUCCAAUUGCUCGCGCUGUGGUUCCCUCAAAACGUCACACCUCACCAAGGGGCAAAAGUGGCGUCAAUUCUAAGAGUGGACAGCGAGGAUCUUCUUCCAAGUCUGGAAAGUUGAAAGGAGAUGACCUUCAAACCAUUAAGAAGGAGUUGGCCCAGAUAAAACAAAAAGUGGAUUCUCUACUGGAAAGCCUGGAAAAAUUUGAGAAAGAACAGAGCAAACAAGGAGAGAUGAAGAAUGAUAAGUCAGAAGAGGAGCAGAGCAGCAGCUCCCUGAAGAAAGAUGAGGCUAAUGUGAAGAUGCAGUCUGAGGGGGGUGCAGAUGACUCUGCUGAGGAGGGGGACCUACUGGAUGAUGAUGAUAAUGAAGAUCGGGGGGAUGACCAGCUGGAGUUGAUCAAGGAUGAUGAAAAAGAGGCUGAGGAAGGAGAGGAUGACAGAGACAGCGCCAAUGGCGAGGAUGACUUUUAAGCACAUAGUGGGGUUUAGAAAUCUUGUCCCAUUAUUUCUUUACCUAGGCGCUUGUCUAAGAUCAAAAUUUUCACCAGAUCCUCUCCCCUAGUAUCUUCUUCAGCACAUGCUCACUGUUCUCCCCAUCCUUAUCCUUCGCAUGUUCAUUAAUUCAUAUUGCCCUGCGCCUAGUCCCAUUUUCACUUCCUUUGACGCUCCUAGUAGUUAUGUUAAGUCUUACCCUGUAAUUUUUGCUUUUAAUUUUGAUACCUCUUUAUGACUUAACAAUAAAAAGGAUGUGUGGUUUUUA